AAAAAGGAAAGAAGAAGAAGAACACUUUUGAGAUCAUAUGCCUGUCAGAGGUCUUUUAUUCAAAAACGUCCUCUAAAGUGCUUGACGGGACACACAAAUAUAACAACAGACAUUCAUAAUGUAAGUAAAAACUCGUGACUUUAGUAAAGUCUCCAAAAAUGGGAAUUUCGGACGGGGUUUCGUCUCUGGUGCAGAUGUGCAUCGUCAAAGUGGCUCAAAACAUGAAUGUGUUAGAGAGAAAGAUUUCAGAUUUGCCUGUCUUGCUUCUGAAAGAGCUGCUGCCCCAUCUCAACAUUUAUUAUCUUGACAGGAUUGAAACUGUUGCUUUCACCAAAGGUAUCUCCACAUCCUCUUUGUGGGCAUCAAUAUGGAGAGAUCUGGAUCAGACCUGGCGUUGCAGAUCAAAGUCUGGGCUGUCCGGUCAGGACUGGAAACAGAGGUGUCUUGAAAGGCUCUUUCACAUGGUAUUGUUCACCCCCUUCAGACACCCCUGUGUUUCCAAACUCAACGAUUCAUCCAUUCUCUCCAUGACCGCAGAACACGUCAAGGUCCUAUCUCUACACGGAUCGAGCAGGAGCAUCUGCAGACUCGCGUCGGGAGAGCUGCGGUCCAUCCUGACGGCUCUUGAGAAAGGAGUGAGGUCCCUUAAAUUACUGGAUGCUAACUCACUGCUCAAACACGGACGAAAAAACGUCAUGUUUGUUCUCCAUCGGCUUCUGGACCACGGUUCUGUAAGAGAGGUGGUUUUGAGGAGGAGUCCAGAUUCGUCUGUUCUGAUCUGGAUCGCGUCCAGGUGCAGGGGACCUACGGCGGAGACGUACCCCACUGAAUAUCUUUGUCAAGUAGAGUUAGAUGUGGACCUUACGUAUAAUACAGUUGAAGGGGAACCUCCGGCCAAACGCUUUCAUCCCAGCUUAACCUUGGAAAUAAAUCCCGAGCUCUUGUGCAGAACGUUCUUGUCCUUGGAUGGCACUCCCGAACGCUGUCCUGAAGGACAGAUCGACUCUCUUGAUUUUGAAGUGUCCAGUUAUCAAAUCCUUACCAGAGUGUCACAUGUCCUGCCUUCGUGGUUGCGUCUUAACACGCUUCGUCUGCACACUGACUGGCUCCUCACAGAAGAAGAGAUGUCUGUGUUGGUCGAAUCUCUCCGACUGUUGUUUCUGAAGCCCGGCUGCUCUCUUACAGAUCUCCGCAUGAGUCACGUGUGCAGUCACACAUCCAUGGUCAGCGUGUUAAACGCGUGUCCGACCCUACAGAGCCUCUCUUUAGACAUCCUGCCACCUCUGGACAACGGCACGGGGAGAACGCAGCCAGUUUUCACACCAAACAAAGAGCUCUGCCUUGAAACACUUACGGUGAAAUCCAGCGUUAUGCCGCCGACAGUAGAGAGUUUUCUGACUGUGCUGAAAUGGACUCCAAAACUCAGCAGUCUUCAUAUCACAGGAGUUCGUAACGCCCGGUCGCUUCUUCAGACAUUGUCAGAAUCUAAUCCAAUCCUGAAAAUAUUACAUCUGAAAGAUAUAAACUUGGCCGACUGUCUUCCGGAGAUUCUUCAUCUUCUGGGAAAGCCUCUGUUAGAAGAUCUGUCAUUUAAAGACUGUAGACUGCUGGAUAAAUGUACAGUAAAGAAGGACUUCAUGGUGCCGUUUGUAAAUGCGCUGAAAAGGAUCUCAUCUCUACAGAAGCUGACACUGGCACAAAAUCGUCUGGCCACGAGUACCAUUGAGGUGGCUGAACUUUUCUCAGGAAGCUGCCCUAGCAAAAUCACACAUUUAGACCUCAGUUCAAACUUUAUUCUUCCUGCUGAACUUCUUGAGUUCGCAAAGCUGGUGGAAACCUACAGGCCAAAUCAGCGGCUGACCCUGGAUCUGAGGUUCAAUCCGCUUGAUCGUGACCCGGAGGUCAAAGUUCAAGCUGUGAGAAAGCUCCUCCCAUACUGUAAUAUAUUAACUGACGACUGGGACUCAAGAUCCACUAUGGCAGAUCAUGUCAGUGUGAUGUGAAGUGUUAACAAAUAUGUAAAAGCAAUAAAAUAACAGUAAGUCA